AUUUUAUAUACAUUAUGUAAAAAAACUGUAUAAUAUGAAGGUAGCGGUUUAUUUAGUGAGAACAUAUCUACACUAGUUGAGAAAAACGAAGAAAAAUAUCUGCACAUGGUUUUGUUAAGCUCUUUUUUUUUUUUUAUAUAUAUUGAUUUUGUUAAGCUCUUUCAAUCCAUACUUUUAAAUAAAUAUCAUCACAAUUCACACAUAAGAAAAAGUAGAAACAAAAACAACUCUCAUUAUUAUGGUCUGAACUUGUGCUACCACUGUAGUGUAUUAUUCUGCAGCUGUUUGAGUGAAUCAAGAAGACCACCACUAUUCCGUGUUCUAUAUACUCCUAAAUACUUUUGUGUACAUUAGCUAUAUGAAGAAAAUGGUGACAGUGAAAGAAAGAGUGGUGCAAAGCAGAGAGACAGAGAUGAAGAAUGUAGAAGAAGUGAAAGAAGAAGGAGCAGAAGAUAUGGUUUUAAGGUGGGAAAAAUUUCUAACAAAGAUGGAAUUGAGAGUGUUGUUGGUUGAAGCUGAUGAUUCUACCAGACAUAUUAUCACUGCUCUUCUUAAGAAAUGUAGUUAUAAAGAAGCAGCCAAAGGACCGUUAGUGUAUUCAAGGAAAAAGAAGAUUAAGCAAGGGCAAAUCAGUAAAAGCAGCAGUGGCACCACAGCUGAACAAAUGACAAGUGUCCAGGGGCAAUUACGUAAAAGCACAGAGGAGGAUGAGGCUGAGAUAAAAGAUAUGUGAGAAAGAGACAGGAGGCAUCUGUGAGCUGAGUAUAGUAAUCUUUUGUGGAGAGAAUGGCCUCUCGAAUGCCAGAUUAUCCUUGUUUUCGUUGAUUGUUCUAGUGGAUCCUUGUUCCUUUUCAUAAAUUAGCUUAUAUAUUCCUAUUACAGUGAGUAGUGUAUUACAAAGUGGUAUCAGAGCCUACAUCCUAUGGGGCCUCCGAGCGUCACACAACGGGUCGAAACCCUAGAGGAGCGUUUGACAGAUCUGGCCGACUCGGUUACGGAUCUGGUGUCUAAGUCGGUGGAGAAGGCCAUGGAAGCCAUGCGGCUGUCGUUCACUGAUGUCCUUAUUGAAGGCCAAACCCUAGCCACUAAACAGUUGGGUACGGAAGUUGAGGCGUUGGCGGCGCGUUUGGAGGGGCGUAUCAAUCGCAGCCGGGAGUAUCAUGAGUCUCUCAUCCACUCUCUCCGGAAUGAGCAAACGAAGUUUCAAUCGGAGAUGCGUAACACCCUGUUAGAGAUUCAGUCGUUUCCGAUGGGGUCCCAUGAAAGGGGCGAGCCGAGUAUCAACCGACCUCCGGGCGGGUUCGAGCAUGGGACUGUUGUUGGGGGUAACGGUGGGGGAGGCCAAGGUGGAAUGGGGGGACAUGGUAUAGGCGGUGGAUCUGGAAAUUGGAGGUUUCGUAAACUAGAUAUGCCCAUCUUUGAUGGAGGGGAUCCAGAUGGUUGGGUGUUGCGGGUUGAGCGCUAUUUUGCCUUCUACAGACUUACCGAGGAGGAGAUGUUGGAGGCUGUGGCGGUGGCAUUAGAAGGAGAUGCGUUACGUUGGUACCAGUGGGAGAAUAAGAGGCAUCCGAUACGGCGAUGGGAUGAUUUAAAGAUGUUUAUGCUGCGACAAUUCAGGCCUGUUAGUGGUGGGUCUCUCUAUGAGCAAUGGCUCUCUACUGCUCAAACCACUACGGUACAAGAGUACCGUCGUAAGUUCAUUGAGACUGCUUCUCCUCUCGAACGAAUCUCGGAAGACAUGUUGUUGGGGCAAUUCGUUAAUGGGCUGAAGGAAGAAAUUAAGAUGGAGGUCCGCCUACUAAACCCUAUCAGUUUAGAGCAAGCCAUGGAAUUGGCUGUGCGCAUUGAGGAAAAGAAUCGCGCAAUGGGUCUGAGGAGGCAAGGAUUGGGGUCCGUGCGUACUGGGGUGUUGAGCAAUUUCAACCGAAGUCCCCCGCAGACAUCCAGCUUGUCUUAUGGGACAUCUACUAGUCCUCCAGUGGGGCGAGGGUGGAGUUCGAGCCUAAGUGAGUCGCAAGGCUCAGUACAAUCACCCAAGCCAACAGGAUCAGCGUCUUCAACAGGGGAAGUGAAGCGCUUAACGGAAAAAGAGCUCCAGGAAAAACGUGCCAAGGGGUUAUGUUAUAGAUGUGAUGCUAAGUGGGUGCUUGGGCAUCGUUGCCGAAAGAAGGAACUGAGUGUGUUGUUAAUUGAGGAGGAGGACGAGAGUGUUGAGGCUGAUGAGGGGGACGCUGUAACAGACUCUGCUGCGGAGGUGAUUACAGAGGUUUCAUUGAACUCUGUAAUAGGGCUGUCCAAUCCGCAGACGAUGAAACUCAAAGGGGUUAUCGGGGAUUAUGAAGUGAUAGUGUUGAUCGACCCUGGGGCAACCCACAAUUUCGUUUCAUUGGAGGUGGUGCGGGCGGCUGGUUUGAAGGUGGAUAAGGCAGGUAGUUUCGCUGUUUCGUUGGGUAAUGGAGAUGCUGUUAAAGGGGAGGGUAUGUGUAGGAAUGUGCCACUGAAAUUAGAAGGGGGAGUGGAGAUUAUUUCAGAUUUUCUUCCACUUGGCUUGGGCAGUUCAGAUGUCAUAUUGGGAGUGCAAUGGCUGCAGACCUUGGGUAUUGUCACGACCGAUUGGAAGAAACAAGUUAUGAAGUAUGAAUUUCAAGGGGAACCUAUUACUUUGGUAGGAAACCCAACUUUAAUUCGUUCUCAAGUUUCUUUAAGGGCCAUGCGUAAGCUGAUCCGCAAAGAAGAAGGGGGUUAUUUAGUAGAGUGCACACGCAUGGAAGUGGCAGUUCAGGGUAACCACAGCAGUUUGGGUGACCCUCCUGAAUUUCUCAACAGUACCAUUCAAGAUUUUAUUCAGGUCUUUGAUACACCCCAAGGCCUGCCUAGGAGAAGGCAACAUGAGCAUGCUAUUGUCCUUAAAGAGGGUAGUGAUCCUGUAAGUGUGAGGCCAUAUCGCUACCCUCAAUCUCAGAAAGAUGAGAUAGAGAGACUUAUUCAGGAGAUGUUGGCAGCAGGCAUAAUUAAGCCCUCCACUAGCCCGUUCUCCAGCCCCGUAUUAUUGGUGAAAAAGAAAGAUGGCUCAUGGCGAUUCUGCGUGGAUUAUAGAGCUUUGAAUAAGGUGACUGUUUCGGACAAAUACCCGAUUCCAGUCAUAGAUGAAUUGUUGGACGAGUUGAAUGGAGCUUCUAUGUUUUCAAAGCUUGACUUGAGGGCGGGGUACCACCAGAUUAGAGUCAAGGAGGAGGAUACACAUAAGACGGCUUUUAGAACCCACGACGGCCACUACGAAUUUUUGGUGAUGCCGUUUGGAUUAAUGAAUGCGCCGGCUACAUUUCAGUCGUUAAUGAACGACAUAUUCCGACCAUUUUUGAGGAAGUUCGUUCUUGUGUUCUUUGACGACAUAUUGGUGUAUAGCACGGGUAAGGAGCCACACAAGGAACACCUCCGCCUUGUCCUGGAGAAAUUAGCAGAGCAUGGGUUGUAUGCAAAUCAAAAGAAGUGCGAAUUUGGGAAGGAGUCGAUUGGGUAUUUGGGUCAUGUGAUAACUCAUGAGGGUGUGCAGGUUGAUAAGGACAAGGUACAAGCCAUCUUAGAGUGGCCGAUUCCAACAAACUUGAGAGAGUUACGUGGAUUUCUGGGCAUGACUGGUUAUUAUAGAAAGUUUGUGCACUGCUACGCUCAAAUAGCGCAGCCCUUGACAGAGCAGCUUCGAAAAGAUAAUUUCGGUUGGAGUCCAGAGGCAACUGCUGCAUUUCAACAACUAAAGGAAACUCUUAUCAACCCCCCUGUGCUGAGGCUGCCUGAUUUUCGGCAGCCAUUCGUUUUAGAAGCAGAUGCUUCCGGUAAAGGCAUUGGCGCGGUUCUGAUGCAAGCCAACCGGCCUAUAGCAUUUUUUAGCAAGUUAUUGGGAGUAAGGGGGCAGCAAAAAUCUGUGUACGAGAAGGAGUUAAUUGCAAUUGUGCUAGCAGUGCAGAAGUGGCGGCAUUACUUGCUAGGGAGGCAUUUCGUGAUUCGAUCAGACCAACAGAGCCUAAGGUUCUUGACUCAGCAACGUGAAAUCAAUCCGGAGUACCAAAGGUGGAUGACAAAGCUCCUUGGGUUCGAUUUUGAGAUACAAUUUAAGCCGGGGGCCGCCAACAGAGUGGCUGAUGCAUUAUCACGAAAGGAGGUGGGAGAAGUGGUACUAAACUCCCUGAUUUCAACCCAUUGUGUAAACUGGUCUCGAUUAGAACAGGAGAUUGCCGCAGAUCACGAUAUACAGUCUAUCAAGGAGAGGUUAAAUACAGGAACACUGCUGGGUAGUUCAUUCAGUUGUGUGGAUGGUAAGUUGCUAUACAAGGGGCGGUACAUGAUUCCCAGAUCGUCAGAAUUUGUAUUAGUCUUACUGCGUGAAUAUCAUGACUCUUUAACUGGGGGGCACGCUGGGGAAACUAAGACGUACCUUCGAUUGGCUCAGGAUUGGUUUUGGAAAGGCAUGAGAAAAGAUGUUACGAAAUAUGUGCAAGCUUGCGACAUUUGUCAGCGGAACAAACAGUCCCAGCAAGCACCCUCUGGACUGUUACAACCAUUACCGGUGCCGGCAUUGGUUUGGGAGGAUAUAACUAUGGACUUUAUAGAAGGGCUGCCUUUAUCACAGGGGUACAACACGGUUUUGGUGGUCGUGGACCGUUUAACUAAAUACGCUCACUUUAUUGGAUUGAAGCAUCCUUUUGACGCUUUUUCAGUAGCAGCCAUAUUCAUUCGUGAAGUGGUCAAGUUGCAUGGGUUUCCGGCAUCGAUUGUGUCGGACCGUGACCGCAUUUUUUUGAGUAUUUUCUGGAGAGAGCUUUUUAAGCUACAGGGCACUGCACUUAGGAGAAGCACUUCGUACCAUCCCCAAACAGAUGGGCAGACUGAAAUUGUUAACAAGAGCUUAGAGACAUACUUAAGAUGCUUUGUGGGUACCAAACCCAAAUCUUGGGCAAAGUGGCUGGCUUGGGCCGAGUUUUCCUACAAUACCGCACCACAUGUGUCGAUCAACAUGAGUCCUUUUAAGGCCUUGUAUGGGAGGGAUCCACCUCAUGUACUGAGAAUGAAUAGAGGCCAGACAGCUAUCAGUAGUUUGGAAGAGAUGUUGGGGGAAAGAGAUGCAAUUUUAGAUGAGCUACAACUGAGUUUGUUGAGAGCACAGCAGCGAAUGAAGAAGGCAGCCGAUCAACACCGCAGGGAAGAGGUGUUUGAGGUAAAUGAAUGGGUGUUUCUCAAACUUCAGCCGUAUAGGCAGAAGUCCUUGGCCAGACGGCCGUUUGAGAAGCUUGCUCCAAGAUAUUAUGGGCCUUUUCAAGUUCUACAGAAGAUUGGAGGUGCUGCAUACAAAUUGGCGUUACCGGAGGAGAGCAGGGUACACCCGGUCUUUCAUGUCUCACAGCUUAAACGAGCUGUGGGUACAGCUGUUGCAUCACCUGUUUUGCCACCUCAGUUAAAUGCAGAGUUGGAGUUAGUGGCUGAACCGGAGGAACUCUUAGAAGUACGCAGAUUGACGAAGGGGAAUAUGAGGAUACUGGAAGUGUUGAUCAAAUGGAAGGGGCUGUCAGAUUUUGAGGCUAGCUGGGAAGAAGCUGACUUAAUAGCAAAUCAAUUCCCGAACUUCCACCUUGAGGACAAGGUGAGUCUUUGGGGGCGGAGUAAUGUGAUACAUUCAGAAGCAGCCAAAGGACCGUUAGUGUAUUCAAGGAAAAAGAAGAUUAAGCAAGGGCAAAUCAGUAAAAGCAGCAGUGGCACCACAGCUGAACAAAUGACAAGUGUCCAGGGGCAAUUACGUAAAAGCACAGAGGAGGAUGAGGCUGAGAUAAAAGAUAUGUGAGAAAGAGACAGGAGGCAUCUGUGAGCUGAGUAUAGUAAUCUUUUGUGGAGAGAAUGGCCUCUCGAAUGCCAGAUUAUCCUUGUUUUCGUUGAUUGUUCUAGUGGAUCCUUGUUCCUUUUCAUAAAUUAGCUUAUAUAUUCCUAUUACA